AUGGUGGAGAUAGGAAUUAGAUUAGAUAGCAUUAAUGAUAAACUAGAUAUUGAUAAUAUAAGUUUUAUGAAUCACGAUAAAAGGUCUGACAAAGAUAAAAACUUUAACAUUAGAAAUAGAAAUAACAAUAAUAAUUAUUCUAGACCUAAUAAUGAUUUUAGAAAUAAUUUUAGACAAAAUUAUGAUAAUAUAGAUAAUAAUUUUAAUAGGAAUUAUGACAAUAAUAAUUUUAGAUACUAUGAUAGGAAUUACUGUAAUAAUAAUUCUAGAAACCAUGAUAAUUAUAAUAACUUAAACUAUAAAAACUAUCGCUACAACAAUAAUAAUCAAUCUAAUUAUGGUAGAAAUGAUACAUGGCAUAAUAAUAAUCAAAGAAAACAGAUCCAAUAUAGUAACGGACAUAAUAAUUACCAAUCCUAUAGUAACAAUUCAAAUAAUUAUAGAGGUAGCGACUACAGUCAGAGAAAGCAAAUACAAUAUAACAAUUCAAAUAAUUACAGAGGUAGCGACAACAGUCAGAGAAAGCAAAUACAAUACAACAACAAUGACCAUAAUAUAAAUAAUGAAGAAAUUGUUGAAGAGAAAGUCAACUCUAUAAAAAACAAAGAUGAUAACGAUUUUAACAUAAACAAUUUAUCUGGGGGCAUGCUUAAUGAUAAAGAUAAGGCAUUUAAGACUACUUUAAAAGUGAAUGAUAUUAUAACACCUAUGCAAGUAGACACAGGAUUUAAACAUACCAUCAUACUUCAUGAGUGCGAAUCCAAAUUGACUAAUGGGCCAAUCAACAAAGCAAGUGUCAAGUUACAUUUAAAAAGAGAUGCCCAACCUAAAAUUAUAUCACCGAGACGUAUUCCUUAUUCAAAAAUUGAUCUUGUGAGCAACGAACUUAAAAAAUGGAUGCAUGAUAAAAUUAUUGAGCCGGUGAAUGAUGUUCGAUGGGCAAGUCCUAUUACCGCCGUCUACAAAGAUGAUGGGGGCAUUAGGCUUUGCGCUGAUUUUAAGGACACCGUAAACCCAGCUCUAGAAGAUUUCAGAUACCCACUACCCCGAAUUAUAGAUCUAAUAGCUAAACUUUCAGAAGGAAAGAAAUUUACGAAGAUUAACUUUAAAAAUUCUUUCUUACAGGUCAAAGUUGCAAAAAUAUUUUAA